UCAUUCUAAUCGCUCGUUUUUUCUGAUAAGUCCCAAUAUGACGCUCGCUCUCGAUGAACUCACGCCAGUCGCACCACAACAAUGGCCUGAGCUGAGAGAUUUAUUCAAAGUUGAUUGGCCUCGGCACGAGAUUGCUCAUAAUACGGUGCAGAAUUACAUAAAUUGGAUAACCAUUGAUCCUCGCAUCAAGCAGCUGAAGGUGUUAACACUGAAUGACAGUUGGCGCCAGAAUGGAACGUACAUUAUUAUCGACAGAUACUACAUGUUCAUACACACUCUGGAUGAUUCGAAAGAUACCCUACGUCGAGCGCUGCUCCUCAUCGAUUGGGACUACAGCUACAAGAUAAGUCACGUCUCUGAGUCUUUCCGAUUCACUCUAUAUGAUGUAUUCCACACGCGUUCAGUUGAACUACAAAUAGAAGAUCGGUCAACCAAUCUUUACAAGCUUCCCAAGGAAAGAUCACUCACUCUGGAUUGCACUGCUCCUCGAGGUUUCACGUUGAAAAAACUAGAACCCAAGCAUGCCGUCCAGAUCAACGCAGUAUGGCCUCAUCGCUGUGAAGGAUCAGAAUAUACGCUAAAGCGGCUCAUUGCAUGGAAUCCAUCGAUAGGUCUGUUUGAUGAAUCUGAUAGGCUGCUGGCGUGGAGUCUGUGCUGGACUACGGGUACCAUCGCUGCAAUCCAGGUUGAUGAGGAACACCUUCGUAAGGGCUAUGGUUCGCUUGUUGUUCGAGCGAUCGCCAAAGAGAUGGCCAAGGUUGACAUGAACUGUCAAGCAAUUGUUCACUGUGCGAACGCGGUUUCGAAAGCAAUGUUUGCCAAGAUAGGGUUUGAGGUAGUUGGAUCAUGUUUUGUUGUGAGAACCAAGGCGAGAAAGCUUGUUGAAUAUGUUCAUCAGAGCUGAUACAGACUGGGGUAACAUGCACCAGUUAAAAAAACAUAAUUGUAGAUCCACUGUGAAGUUUUGCCCUGAAUUACUCUAUAUGAGUUUUGCUUCCAACUGCCUUACACAACAAUUAUGUAUAAUAAAUGAAAAUGGUAACUACUAAAGCAUAAAACAAAUCAAAGAUUCACUUUUUUUGUAUAAAACUCUCUUUAUUGUACAAACAAUCUUGGUUUUCAUUCAAUAAUACUUUCAAUAGCAAUAAUUUUACAAUAAUAUAUCUUUUAGGUACACUGCCAUAUUGAGUACAGAUUUAUUUAUAACCAUUAUCUAAUUAAUUUUCCUAGCUUCGUUUCGUUUUAUCGUCUUCUUCGAUUCGUUUUCGAUCCGCACUCUGACAACGUAUCGGUUUGUUUUGCAUUUCACUAAAUUAUUGUUUCCAUUUUCUUUCUUUAUUUUUCUUAUUUUACACGUCUUGAUUUGCGCUUGUUUCCAUUGGCGAAAGAAAAAGGACUCCAUUGGUCGCCUGCUAGGCUGACUCUCGGAAUCAUUUUUGGUUUCUUAUUUGUAACGUCCACAGCACUGAAGCACAUUCAAAACUUACUGGCUAAACACAAAAAGGUUGCGGGCUUU